AUAAAAGCUUCGGAUAACGCGAUUUCGGACUUGGUGAAGUUUCGUGGAAAGUGCGUUAGGGAUUCGGUUAGUGGAGCUCCGAAUACGUAGGGUAGUUCUUCGCCAUGAACCGUGCCCAUUCGCUGAAAAACAACAUGAACAGCUCUGCUCUUAAUCACUAGAGAAAAGGAAAAAGCGUCAAAUUCAUGGCCGGUAGUACUUUAUAUCAAAAGGAAGAUUGGUUCUUCGGAAAAAUCACGCGUAAAGACGCCGAAGAACUACUUAUGAGCAAAGAUAAUCCUCAAGGAGCGUUUCUUAUCCGAAAUUCCGAAAAUGUGCCAAACGGAUAUGCGCUGAGUGUAAAAUAUUUGCAUGAAUCACAAGGAUACUAUUACGUUCGUCACUAUAAAAUAAUUGGGGUGCACAAAAAAGCGCACUAUAUUUGGCCUAAGGGUCCGGGUCCUACGUAUCCAACGCUUCAAUCUUUAAUUGCCGCCUACAAAAUCCAAGGUUCACGUCCCUUUUUGGCUCAGCCAUGUUGUAAACGAAAAGCACAGCCAAUGGAUCAGUGGGAGAUCGAUAGACGGGAAAUAAAAUUUAUAAACAAAUUGGCCCAGGGAUGUUUCGGUGAAGUGUGGUACGGCAUAUGGCGUAAUACCAAAGUGGCUGUUAAAAUGCUCCGAAAAGAUACUACCAUGUCGAAUAAUGCAUUCUUGCAAGAAGCAGCCACCAUGAAAACAUUGAAGCACCCGGGUAUAGUCGCAUUGUACGCAGUUUGCUCCAUACAACAGCCUGUUUACAUAGUGGAAGAAUACAUGAAUAAAGGCAGUUUAUUAGAAUUUCUACGCGCCGAAGGCCCAGCUUUACUGAUCAACGUCGUUAUCAACAUUGCUAUUCAAGUUGCCAAUGCAAUGCAGUAUUUAGGAAAGAGAAAACUCAUUCAUCGUGAUUUAUGCGCCAGGAAUGUGGUGAUUGGCGAUAACAACGUGGUAAAGAUAUGCGAUUUUGGCUUGGCUAGAUUUAUGAAUAAUAACGCGUAUUUUUAUUGUGGUCCGCCAUUUCCUAUAAAAUGGACCGCUCCGGAAGCCAUCAUUUAUAGUCAUUUCUCGAUCAAAUCGGAUGUCUGGUCAUAUGGUAUAUUUUUAAUGGAACUGUUCACCUAUGGUGAAGAACCUUACCCUGGAAUGAGUACCCAACAAGUGUUGGAAAAGAUCAAACAAGGCUACCGUAUGCCUCAACCUACCUGGCUAUCUUUCCCCGAUGCUGUGUACAACCUAAUUUUCAAGUGCUGGAAUCAAGAUCUGAAUAAAAGACCGACGUUCCAGAGCUUAAGUCAGUCCAUGUCCGAUCUACAACACUUAUAUUACGGAAUCAAACUCUUCAUCUACUAGUAUUAACGAUGCAUUUCAAUAUUUCCUUUCCGCGUUUUUUUUGUUUUUGUUUUUUUUAUCAAAGGAACAACAUGUAAGGUGUGGGGUUUUCUGCUACGCACCUAGAUCAUCAUUUUUUUUGUUGUAUUUUCUGUCUUCUGUGCGUCUAAUAAUUUCUUUAUGUAGCUGCAUUCCAAAAUUAUAAUUAUCUAGUCAGUUGAAGGUGGCUGACCUUUCAAUUCUUUCUUAGCGGAUUUUAUUUUUGUAUUUUCUCUCUUUUGUCGUAUAAUAAUUUCUUUAUGUAGCUGCAUUCCAAAUAAUAUUAUCUAGUCAGUUGAAGGUGGCUGACCUUUCAGUUCUUUCCAAGUGGAUUUUUAUUUUUGUAUUUCUUUUCCAAAUAUAAUAUGUACCUAUACGUA